AUGUGCCGAGCUGCCAACUUUCUUUCUGUCCCCCUGCCCACAUUCUUUCUGUGCCCACAAGCCAUCCAUCUCUGUGCGUGCACCUGUGGGCGUGCCCCCAUGCCCCACCAUCAGCUGCAUGAAGAUGUGAGAGACAUGGAGCCAGCGCUCCCUCACCUACACCGCACCCCUCACUGCCUCGUUGCAGCAGCUGCACGGGCAGCUGGAGCUGCAACAUGCGCCCCUCACACUGCCUUGUCGCUUGGCGUGCCACACUCUGCUGCUGCUCCCCCUCUGUCGUCGUCCCCGCCGUGGCUUGCAGCAUGUCAGCAGCACAGGGACAAGCACAUACCUUCCCUCGCCUCGUCCCCCUACUCCCCACCCUCGGCCGCCCUCACACUCUCCCGCUCGCUCCUUGACUCCACGCGCGUUCUGCCGCUCUCCCAAGCAGCCCUCUCCACACUCGCCGCGCUCAUCUGCCCGCCAACCAGUGCAGCAAGAGACGUUGGCUGUGGUGAGGCAGAUGUGGUGGGAGGAGGGUCAGGAGGAGGAGAAAGGGAGUGGGUGGAGGGUAGAGGCUCAGCUGGCAGCUCUGGGGAGGGCAGUGGGGAUGGCGCUGGUGGGGGUGGGAGGCGGAGCAGUGCUGCUGGUGGUGGCAGUGAUGGCGGUGGUGGAGGCACAAGAGCGAGCAGUCUGUGGGUGGCAGCAGUGGGGCUGCACUGCUGUCGCCUGCUCUCCCGCUCCUCCUUCACCAGGUGCCUUCACUUGCCCACGUUUGAGGCUUCACUUGCCCACGCACAUCCAUCCACCCAACAACACGACUCUACAUCCCUUCCUCCCGACCUCCUCCCCGGGGGUCUUCUGGAGAAGCAGAGUCUCCUGUCAGCUGUAACAGCUCUCGCGUCUUCACCAUCCAUCACUCCCACCACCUCUCUGGACCUUCCCUCCCUCCCACUCAUCCGCGACCUCCUCUCCAUCUUCCCCCGCUCGCCUGCCUCCCUCCCUCUCCUCUCCGCCAUGCUUCGACUCGCCACCACCUCCUAUACCACCGUGGCCGAAGCAGCCGCAGCAGCCGCAGCAGCGGCAGCAGGGGCGGGAGGCGGAGCGACAGGGGGUGGUGAAGCGGCAGUGUCGGCCCUCUCCCUGCCUCCAGCCUCUGCUGUAACCUUCGCCACGAGGAGUCGCCUGGACAACGAUUUUGACGACGACUGGGAGUUUCAGCAGCCGUCUGCUGCCACCAGUGGGCUGCACGGUGGGCGGCAAGGUGGGCACAGUGGGCUGCAAUCUGCUGGCGGAAGGGGCGGGAGAGGCGGGGCAAGAGGAAGACUGGGAAGAAUGAUGGGGUCGAGAUCAGGAGCAGUUGUACCCAUCUUUCAGCCUCAGCUGCAGCAGCAGGUGAUAGAGCUAGAGGAGGAGGGUGGGGAGGGGGAGGAGACUCGGAUCUUUGACAAUGAAUUGGAUGCGCCUGGAGUGCUGCCGUCCCAGGCUCCCCUGGUGCGCAGCAGGAACACACAGAGCGCGUGGCGGGACGGAGCAGGGGGCAGUGGCGCUGCCGCCGGUGCUGCUCGUGCUGCUGCUACUACUACUGCUGCUGGGGUGCUGACAGGUUUGAGUGGUGGUGGUGGCAGUGCAACAGCAGCGGAGGUGGCGGAGGGAGCGGUGUGGAUGGUGGGGUGGGUGGCGGAGUUCCUUCCAGCAGCGGCGUGCAGAGAGGUGGUGCUGCUGCUGGAGCUUAGUGAAGACUCCGAGUGCUACUGGCAGUUGCUCUCCGUGCUUGCAUCACACGCUGAACUAUUGAUAGCACUCGAGCCUGUGCUAGCAGCCCUGGAGUCCCAUGCAUCCACCACACUGCACUCCCACCAGCAGCACCUCCUUCACCUCACAACCACAACUGCCUGCCGCCUUGCAGCGCACAAGGACGGCGCCCUGCCGCCCGCCCUGCUCCGAGAUGAGGGCGUGGGGGUUUUGGGGGGAGUGGAGCGGAUGGAGGGCGUGGGGAGCGUUGUGGAGUUGGCAGAUGCGUGGGGUGGUGGAGCUGACACUGCAACUGCCAGCGACACAGAUGUGAAUCGGGCGCUGCAGGUGAUGCAGGAGGCCCUUGCCCCCAUGUUGGGCAGCAAACCCCUGCCCACCCCAGCUGCGCGCAUCCACCUCGCAGAUGCCCUCCUCGCACUCAUCCUUCUCAGCGACUCUGACCUCUUUACUACGCCGCUCCUUGCGCUGCUGCACGACCGGGACUACGGGGUGCGCCUGCACAUGGCCCACCUGCUGCCCGCGCUCUUCCUCAAGUGGGAGGACCACCCCGCCUUGCUCACCGACACGCUCGGGGGAGGAGGUGGGGGAAGAGAUGAGGGAAAGGGAGGCAGUGGAGGAGAGGGAGGGGAAGAGGGAGGAGCAGGAGGGAGUGGGGAGACAGAUGAGGAGAGAGUGAGGAGGGAGGUGGAGCGAGUGGACAGGGCGAGGGUGGAGACGGGUGUCUUACUGCUGGGGAGGAUAGCCGAGAGCAGCGACCUGGUGGAGGACGAGGUGAGCUACAUGCCGCCCUUGUUCUCCCUGCAUGGUGUUCUGACUAUAAUCUUUGCCUUGUUUGCCUCUGCUGCAUGGUGGUCGUGCUCUGCCUGCCCCUCUCCUCUCAUCCAGGUCAUAUUCCUCAUCGCCGCAGCUGCUGCUCUCCGCCUUGUGCGCACCAAUUUGGCUGCUGCAGUCCUCACCACAGCUGCAGCAUCGCUGGGCUACCCCAGUCUCAGCCAGUACCUGGACAUUCUCCUGCCCUCUGUGGCCACACGGUGGGUGGCAGCAGACCCCGUGCUGCUGCCGCUGCCUGCUCUCGCACAGGUGGUGGUGGCGUUGGAGCAAGCAGGGGGGGGUAGGGGGAUGGGUGGCGCAGGCUGUUGGACAGCUGGUGGCGGAGGGAGGCAGAUGCUAGAGGAGAAGGGCGACCAUGAAGCGGGAGGAGACACUGCAUGGGUGGUAGCAGCAGGAGUGGGGGGUGCAGGAGCACUUGCAAGGGCGUGGAAGAGGCUGGCUCCGCUGGUGCUGCCUGCGCUGCUGCUGCUGGGGAGGGAGAGUGACGUGCAAUUCCUGGCCGAGGCCCUCCAGGCGCCCGCCCCUCGGCUCCUCAAGGAGUCAUUCCCACAUGUGGUUGCUGCGCUCCUGCCAUUCCGCCAGUCAGAGCUUGACACGUGGCAGAAGGAGGCUGCGACACGUGUGCUCACGACAGGCCUGCUGGCCACGGCGGGGUGGAGUGAGGUGGAGAGGGAUCAGCUUCUGACCAAGCACAUGGUGCCCAUCAUCACCAGUCUGCUGCAGCACACGUCCUCCCAGCAGCACCCAUCGUUGCCGUCCUUCCCCACCGCGUGCAUCCGUGCCACCAUCUGCACCCUGGUGGACAGCACUGCUGACUCGCAUGCCAGCAGCAACAGCAUCAGUACGAGCGCACUGCCCUCCGCGCCUCCCCUCGUCUCAGACCACCUCAACAUUUUGCGCCCGGCCAAUGUCUUUCCAUUGCUCCUCGCCCUGCACAAGGCGGCUGUAGCAGCCUGCAGUCCACGUCAUCGCUGCCACAUCAUCGCUGCGCUGUCAGUGCUGGUUGACAUCCUGGGGAACAGAGUCACAGUGCCGCCCACUUUCAGGUACCUGGUGCACAUUCUGCUCGCCUGCCUGCCCACCUCGGCACCCACCUGGCCUCCACCCGCCCCACCGCUCGCCUCCUCCCAGCUCUCGCUCUCUCAGAGCCCCUCCUGCCCCUUGCCCUCGCCCUCGACACCAGCAGCGGUGGCGGCAGUUUGUCUAGACGUGCUGGCGCGGGUGGUGGCUGCAGCACAGAGCAACGGUGCCAGGGAGGGUGGUCACAGUGGAAUGGCGUCUGCUGCUGUGUUGGACCAAAGCCAGAUUCCGCCAUCCCCUGCCACUCUUUCCGCUCCGCCCCUCCCCCUCUCGCUGCAGGCCAUAGUGUCUCGCCUACUGGCCCUCUGCACUCCCCCAGCUGCAGAAGCAGCAGUGGGAGCGGCGGCGGCAGGGGCAGGAGGGGGGGCAAUAGGAGUGGCAGAAGGGGGAGCAGCAGCAGGGGCAGCAGGGCAGGAGGGGGAGCUUCCAGAGGCGCUGGUGGAGCUGCUGAGAGCGUUCACAGUGGAUGCCCCUGCAGCAGUGAGGGCUCGCCUGCAGUUGCUGCACAUGCCAGCAGCAGCAGUGGCAGCGCACCCGUCUUUGGCUUGCACGCAUCGCAGCAACUAG